AUGCCGCCUGCUACCACCCUGCUGUCUCAGAGCCCUCAGGGUCCAGCUGCCGACACCUUUGUCCUCACAAGUUGCCUCUUCCCCCCACGGGGCGAGGAGGCCAAGCCCAGCUGUGUCCUUGCCCGGCAGCGGACUCUGGAAGAUGAGGAGGAACAGGAGCGAGAGCGCAGGCGGCGGCACCGUAACCUGAGCUCCACCACUGAUGAUGAGGCUCCCAGGCUCAGCCAGAACGGAGACCGACAGGCCUCUGAGAGACUGCCGAGUGUGGAAGAAACAGAGGGGCCCAAGCGACCACCCCCAGCCUCGAAGGAUGAGGAUGAAGGCAUCCAGGCCAUCCUUAGGACACGGCAGGAACGGAGGCAGAGGCGGCAGGUGGUGGAGGCUGCACAGGCCCCCACCCGGGAGAGGCUGGAGGCAGAGGAGGGAAGGAACAGCUCGGGUCCCACGCAGCAACCCCUGGUCCCCAAGAAGGACUCAGAGUCACCACCCCGUCGGAGACUGAGCCGGGAGCAGCGGGGCCCCUGGGCCCUGGAGGAGGAGAGUUUGGCAGGAAGGGAGUUAGGAGGGAGGAAGAAAACGGUUCCAGAGAAGACCCCAGUCUCAGAGAAAUCCUCCGUGCCAGAGAAGAUGACUCCUGAAAAGAGACUGGUCUCAAAGAAAUCCUCCAUCUCUGAGAAGGAGCUGACCUCAGAGAAAACGUCAGUGUUGGAGAAGAUAGCAGCGACAGAGAAGAGGUCCAUCUCAGGGAAGAAGUCAGUUCUAGAACAAACAAGUGUCUCAGAGAAGAUGCCAACCCCAGGGAAAAUGUCAGGCUCAGAAAGGAGACUGGUGUCUGAGAAAGCAUCGUUCUUUGAGAAGUCACUGGUCUCAGAGAAGAACCCGACCACCACAGACAUCAAGCUGGUCCCAAAGAGGCCCUCAGAGCAGCCCCAGGCCCAGGAGCAGCCAGUGUCGGGGGAAAGCCCGACCAGCACCAAGGAACAGCGAGAAAGAGCCCUUUCUGGGAAGAAGUCACCUUCCUCUACAGAGCAGGGGGGAUCGGAUCCUCCGGCUGUGGCUUCCCGCUUCCCACCAGUCACACUCCAGGUAAAAAUCCCCAGCAAGGAGGAAGAGGCGGACACAUCCUCACCCACGCAGCGCACCUACAGCAGCUCGCUCAGACGCUCUAGCUCCAGGACCAUCUCAUUUCGGAUGAGCCCCAGGAAAGACAACUCAGAAACUACCUUAACCCGCAGUGCCAGUGUGAGACUCCCAGCCAGCACAGUGAAGUUAGAGGAGAAGCUGGAGAGAUACCACACAGCCAUACAGAGAUCAGAAUCCGUCAAGUCUCCAGGCUCAUCUCGCACUGAGUUCUUCGUGGCUCCUGUGGGUGUAGCCAGCAAACGCCACCUCUUUGAGAAGGAACUGGUGGGCCAGAGCCGAGCAGAAUCAGCCUCCAGCCGGAAGGAGCACUUGAGGCUCUCAGGGAUUGUGACAUCAAGGCUCAACCUAUGGAUCAGCAGGACCCAGGAGUCUGGAGAUCAGGAUCCCCAGGAGGUACGGAAGGAGUCAGCCACCUCCAAGAAGACUCAGUGGGGAAAGAAGUCAGACUCCUCCCUGGAUGCUGAGGUAUAACCAGCCCUGCCAAGAUGACCUACAAGUCUGCCUCUCAGGGGCCCUCCCUCAUGCCGUGCCCCUGCCUCCUGCAGCCGCGCCCCUGCCUCUCAUUGCCCCUGCUCCCUUUCUGCCUCUGGACCUGUCUGGCCAGGGUCCCCGGGGGCCAGGAAUGUCAUCAAGCCUCAGCUAGCUCCUUCCCAGCC